UGACAAAUUCAGUCAAGAAUUUAAAGUCUCAAUGGGUGAUGCUGCUUCUAGAGAUGAGGAGCUAAUGGGUCGGGUUAUGAAUAUGGAGAAUGAAUUUCGGGAAUUUAGAGACGAAAUUGGUACUGCAGUGAAGUCAAUUAUAGAGGCAGUGAAUGCAACUACAGGUGACUCGUUGUCAAGUGAGCAGCCUACUGAAUUGAAAAAGAACGAUCAGAAGGAUGUGGCUGAUAAUGUGAAAGCUUCUGCAGUUGUUUUGUUGUCAAUGGAGCAGCUUAUCAGAGGGGAAAAGGGCAAUCAGAAGGGUGAGGUUGAAAAACCAAGUGAACCCAUUUAUCCUACCUCCCAAUGUGUCAAGACUCAAGGGUUAGGUGUUAAGAUUUGGGGAGAGGCUGAGGGGGAAAUUGGAGAUGACAGCUGUUCUGAAUCUCCUUAUGUCAAAGUUGUGAAAAAGUCUCCUUGCAAGCAGGCGAAAGUGUCUAAAGUUGAGAAAUUCAUACUUUUGAGUAAUGAAAGUGUUGCUGCUAAUGAUGGUUGGCCCAAGACUGUGAAGGGGCGAAAGGGAGGUGGACUACGUAGUGUAUCUAAAUUGAAGCGU